AUGAGAAGAAAUCGUGUAGAACCUGAUACCAUCCGGCCAAACAGUGAUCAAGAUCAAUUAUCGAAAGCAACUGUUACUACAACGACAACAAUGCAGUAUGUAAGAAAAGUACAAGUUGUACCGUUGCCGCAAGUAAUUGAGCAAUUACAAAAUGAUAUUGAUCAUUCGUUCAAAGACACAAAAGUGCCAAACACACCGGCUAUGGAAGUUCCAAAUAUAACAACCACACAUUUUUUGUUAAUCACAGGAUAUGAUAUUGGUGAUUUAUUUUAUGGCAUGAACAAUCUUUUAGUUAAAUUUAUCCAUAAUUCGCAAUUAUCGACUGAAAAUUCUGCCAGAGUUCAAAAAUGGUUAACAAAUCAAUUACAAAGUGAACAAGGUUUUAGAGGAUUAGUUAUUGACUCAGUUCUCGUUCAACAGAACAAUGGCAGACGAAGAAGACAAGAAACAAAAUGUUUAACAACAUUUAUUAUACGUGAUAUACAAGUCUAUUUUGAUCAAUGUGAUUCUUGCAUAGACCAACGAAAUUUGUUAUUAAGAAAGUUUUUAACAAAUAGUUCAGCAUUUAAAAUACCAUUAAAUUUAGAAAUAAACAUGAAUAUUCCAGUUUCUUUCAAUAUUUGCUCAACAUCGAAUAUUUCACGUUGGAUUGCACCGAUGAGACUUAGUGACUCAUUGGAAGCUGUUUCUCAAAGUAGCACGAUAUUGCCACAAUUAACAUCUGAACCGUUUUCAACCAUAGGUACUUCGAUCUUAUUUGAUACAUCAAGUGAAUACACGUCAUCUACUAAGCAAUUCGAUUUAUGGCACAGUUUCACAUCACCAGCCAUAAUGUCUUCGACAACAGAUUAUGGUUUUGACCUCACCACAUUUGAAUCGUCAUCAAGUUCUAUUACCAGUUCAAUUAAUGAAACAGAAGUGGAAUCUACAUCACACUUUGAUUUGGUUACUGGUAUGAUCAAAUACACCAACAACUAUUCCGAGCCACAACCAACUACAACACCGUUUAAUUUUGAUAAUUUAUCCAGUGAUCAAGUAUCAUUAAUCUCAACCGAAUCCACUUUGUCUUCAACUCUGUCUUAUGAUCUAUUUUCAUCAUCCGUGAGAGAUUUCCAAGAUAAAAAUUCAACUGCGCUUGGGGAUGAUGACAGUAUGUCGUCGACUGAAACUAAUUACAAUACGUCAACUGAAUUACCAACUGUUACAUUUGAAACCACAGAUAGUUCUUCAACAAAUGAUUUCGAUCUUACUUCUCUAUCCUCAAUUGCAGCUUUCUUUAGCAGUAGCAAACCAACAAUACAAACCUAUUAUCCAAAAAUCUCAACUGUGAUUGUUUCUGUUCGACGUACUGGUUUUCCUCAAAUACCAAUUAGAACUGUACGACGUAACACUCGCCUAUCAACCGUUUUCACAUCACAGCCAAUGACUUCAUUCUCCAAAGUGAGCAUGCAAUCUUCUAGUAACAAACCUUCUAUUACACAAUCCGUUCGAACAAAAAAACCCAAACUAUUUUCAACACCAUAUGGCACGCCGUUUCAGAUAACAGUACGCGCUCAAACCACAAAGACUCCUCUACUAAGUAGUAGCUAUAUGUCAGCGGUUUCUAAUAUAACGCUUAUAACUAGAGAGUCACGUAAGAAAAAAACAAAAUAUGCAACUACAGCAAUACCAACAACAAUUUUGAUCAAAUCAUCGGUAAAUAUUCCUACUACGAUCAAAGGUAAAAGUACUUCAUCGUCGUUUCGAUUGUCGCAAACAACUUACCAGAAUUCCUCAAGUUUUAUCACAAGAAAAGGUCGUAAACGAAUUUCAACAAGUGCUUACGAAACAACCUCAUCAAAGAAAUCCAUCUUUACAGUCAACUAUUCCAAGCCACAACCAACUACAACACCGUUUAAUUUUGAUAAUUUAUCCAGUGAUCAAGUAUCAUUAAUCUCAACCGAAUCCACUUUGUCUUCAACUCUGUCUUAUGAUCUAUUUUCAUCAUCCGUGAGAGAUUUCCAAGAUAAAAAUUCAACUGCGCUUGGGGAUGAUGACAGUAUGUCGUCGACUGAAACUAAUUACAAUACGUCAACUGAAUUACCAACUGUUACAUUUGAAACCACAGAUAGUUCUUCAACAAAUGAUUUCGAUCUUACUUCUCUAUCCUCAAUUGCAGCUUUCUUUAGCAGUAGCAAACCAACAAUACAAACCUAUUAUCCAAAAAUCUCAACUGUGAUUGUUUCUGUUCGACGUACUGGUUUUCCUCAAAUACCAAUUAGAACUGUACGACGUAACACUCGCCUAUCAACCGUUUUCACAUCACAGCCAAUGACUUCAUUCUCCAAAGUGAGCAUGCAAUCUUCUAGUAACAAACCUUCUAUUACACAAUCCGUUCGAACAAAAAAACCCAAACUAUUUUCAACACCAUAUGGCACGCCGUUUCAGAUAACAGUACGCGCUCAAACCACAAAGACUCCUCUACUAAGUAGUAGCUAUAUGUCAGCGGUUUCUAAUAUAACGCUUAUAACUAGAGAGUCACGUAAGAAAAAAACAAAAUAUGCAACUACAGCAAUACCAACAACAAUUUUGAUCAAAUCAUCGGUAAAUAUUCCUACUACGAUCAAAGAUCGAUUUCGAACAACUCAGACUAGUGCAAAAUAUCUGACAACUACCUCAAAUACUCGUUAUACUACUGCGCAAGUCUCGGCCUCGUCGAUAAUUUCAUACACUGAUUACCCAUUACAUGCAACUACGGACGAUGAUAUGAUGACAUCAUCAACUGCGUAUAAUGUACCUGAAACACUUAGCACCAACACUAAUCCUACGGACAGCAAUAAAAUUAUUUCAGCAUCAGAAAUACCAAUAUUUUCAACGCCCUCAAUCAUGGUUGACUCAACCGUUUUAAUACCUAUGGUUCGUAUUAUAAUUGAGAUGUACUACUAAAAUUAAGACAUACCAUGAAUUGAAUUGAAUUGAAUUUUUAUUUUUGCAAGUAUGGCUGUGACAAAGGAAGACUAGCUCAUGUUAAUGCAACACUUGAACCACUAUCGAAAGUGAUAAACAAGUGUUUUCAAUAUUCGCGUGGUUGACUCCGAGUACAAAAGAUACGUCAACAUU